UUCGAUUUGGACCAUUCUGAACAUACAGAUACAGCACAGACAUCUCUUUAACACGCUUUAGCUAAAGCAUUAAGAAUGAAGUUCAGAGUAGCAGUUCUUCUGCUUCUGUACAAAUGUCUUGUAUUCGCUCCGAACGUCAUAUUCGCGACAGAAUCUGACGUCUCAGGAUUGACUUGUCCUUUGAAAACAUGCACAGAUGUACUGAAGGAACUAAAAGAUCUGGAAAUCAGACUGGCCAAGAGUGAAACUCAGAUUGAGGAAAUCAAAAAGGAAAAACAAGACAUUGUUCCCAGGACCAGGAAAGGCUUCCUACAAUAUUCCCGUCUGCUCACUCCAGAUCUGAACUCAAUGAAUAAAUACCUCCGUCUGUCUGAGAACAACACAGUGAUUACUAACGUUUACCCAGAGCUUCAGUCGUAUACUGAUCAUCCAGACAGAUUUGAUCUUCAUCAGGUGUUGUGUAGAGAGAGUGUGAGUGAUCGACGCUCUUACUGGGAGGUUGAGUGGAGUGUAGAAGUGGAUAUAUCAGUGUCAUAUAAGAGCAUCAGCAGGAAUAGAGAGGGUCGUGGGAGACUGUUUGGAACUAAUGAUCAGUCCUGGAGUUUGAGAUGCUUUUCCUCCAGUUACUCAUUCCUACACAACAAAAGGACUGAUCUCCCUGUAAAGCCCAUCAUCAGUAGAACAGUGAAUGGGAAGAAUUACUAUAGAGUAGGAGUGUAUGUGGAUCACAGUGCAGGAACUCUGUCCUUCUACAGCGUCUCUGGAGACACAAUGAGCCUCAUCCACACAGUCCAGACCACAUUCACUCAACCGCUCUAUCCUGGGUUUGGGAUGGGUCCUGUUGGAUCAUCAGUGAAACUGUUCUAG